UUCACAGCUCUUAUUCUCUUCUACUUUACACCCCCACUUUUGAAUUCCACUCCAAUUCAGCUGUAUGAAGAUAGUUGUUUCUUAGGCUUGAAUCUCGGGUUCUUGUUUACUUUGAUUUAUGCCUUGUUCUAUGUGUAUUUGGACAAGAAAGCUGGCUCUUUAGCUGCUUUGCUCUGUUUACUUUAUUGGGUAUCAAGCAGUUUUGUUGCUCAUUAUCUGGGGUUCUCUCUCGCCUGGAAGGUUGUUCUUGUCGCUCAGUUAUUCUGCUGGACUGGACUGGUUAUAGGCCAUGGAGUGUUUGAGAAACGAGCGCCUGCUCUGUUGGACAAUUUUGCGGAAGCAUUCCUUAUGGAACCCUUCUUUGUACUCUUAGAGGCUCUCUGGACAUUUACUGGCUAUGAACCAUAUCCUGGAUUUCAUGCAAAAGUAAAAGCUACAAUAGAUGCUGAAAUCAAACAAUGGCAGGAGAAGAAACAUAAGAAAAUAUCCUAGGUUUGAAUCUGGUGAAGGCCAACUGCUUGUGUAAUUUAAAUGAGGAGUACCUUUAUCUAAUUGCCUCUGUUACUGAGACCAAGUUGGUGGGCAGGCCAACUGCUUGUGUGCACAUUAGCUUAGGUUUGUGUAACUCCUUUGCAAAACCAACCCUUUAUUCUUAAUGUAAAGAUGGGUCUUCUGUAUUUUGUUGGAAUUAUUCAUUUUACUAGAAUAUAAAGGAACUUUUGAGUCUC